AGCCCCGCCUGCCCAUGCCAGGCUAUAAGGGAGGAGGAAGAGGAUGCUCCAAACACCAGACCAGAGCACUGAGGGCAGCCAGAGCCUGAGAAGUAGCGCCAUGGCUCAACCCAAAGGCACAGUGGUCCUUGCCUACAGUGGUGGCCUUGACACCUCCUGCAUCCUGGUGUGGCUGAAGGAGCAGGGCUACAAUGUCAUCACCUACCUGGCUAAUAUUGGUCAGAAGGAAGAUUUUGAGGCAGCACGAAAGAAAGCACUGGCCCUGGGGGCCAAGAAGGUUUUCAUUGAGGACAUCAGCAGGGAGUUUGUGGAGGAUUUUAUCUGGCCAGCAGUUCAGGCCAAUGCUCUCUAUGAGGACCGGUACCUGCUGGGCACAGCCCUGGCACGGCCCUGCAUCGCCCAACACCUGGUGGAGAUUGCCCGGAGGGAAGGAGCCCAGUACGUAGCCCACGGGGCCACUGGAAAGGGCAACGACCAGGUUCGGUUCGAGCUCACCUGCUAUGCCCUCUGUCCUAACAUCAAGGUCAUUGCACCGUGGAGACUGCCAGAGUUUUACCAGCGCUUCCCUGGGCGCCGUGAGCUGAUGGAUUAUGCCAAGAAACAUGGGAUCCCAGUGCCUGUGACACCACAGAUGCCCUGGAGCAUGGAUGAAAACCUCAUGCACAUCAGCUACGAAGCCGGGAUCCUGGAGAACCCCAAGAAUCAGGCCCCUCCUGGGCUCUACACCAAGACCUGUGAUCCAGCCACCUCUCCCAACACCCCAGACGUGCUGGAAAUUAAAUUUGAGCAGGGUGUCCCCGUGAAGGUCACCAAUGCCGGGGAUGGAGCCUCUCGUUGCUCGGCCCUGGAGCUCUUCACCUACCUGAAUGACAUCGCGGGCAAGCACGGCGUCGGGCGCAUCGACAUCGUGGAGAACCGGUUCGUGGGGAUGAAGUCCAGAGGUAUCUAUGAGACCCCAGCAGGGACGAUCCUACACCAGGCACAUUUAGACAUCGAGACCUUCACCAUGGACAGGGAAGUUCGGAAAAUCAAGCAGGGACUUGCCUUGAAAUUCUCUGAGCUGGUGUACAAUGGUUUCUGGCACAGCCCUGAGUGUGAAUUCCUGAGGCAGUGCAUCCAGAGCUCCCAGGAAAACGUGGAGGGCACUGUGAGACUCUCUGUCUUCAAGGGCCAGGUCUACAUCCUGGGCAGGGAGUCCCCAAGGUCUCUGUACAAUGAGGAGCUGGUGAGCAUGAACGUGCAAGGGGACUACGAGCCCGCCGAUGCCACCGGCUUCAUCAACAUCAACUCCCUCAGGCUGAAGGAAUAUCAUCGUCUCCAGAGCAAGGUCACCCUAAAGCAGGCUGAAUAGCAAUCAAUCCCAGGCCCGGCCUCCUGCUCCCCUUUCUAAUUCCUCUUAAGGACUGGCGCUAAUUGUGGUGGUAAUUUGUAAUUGUAACUCCCGGAGUCACAAAGGCAGAGGUGAUGCCUUUGUUACCGGCCAGAGAAACGCAAUCAUUCAAAAUACAGAUUAAAAUAAAAAAAAAAAAAAUAAAUUAAAAGGUGGUUGGCCAGAGAAGUGGGG